AUGUCCCCCGACCAAACCGCCACCGCCAUCUACCUCUCCCGCUUCCGCGACCGCAUCGCCACAAUCCGCCAAAACGUAACCGUCACAUCGCUCAAAGGCCGGUUCACCAACACCACCAAUACCCUCCGCCGCAGAGAUAGCCUGGGUCGCCGGGGAGAUAAUGCACGAACGGCGCUGUCUGCCUCGCUGGGUCUGUAUUACACUGGCGUGGAUAAGUCGGAGGAGGAUUUAAGGGAUUUGAGUCCCGUGGGGUGGGGGGAUGGAGAGGGGGAUGGUCAUGGUGGGAACGGGGAUGAUGGUGAGGACGAUGGGGAUGACGGCCGAUCCGAUAGCAUGGAACCCCUACGCCUACUCCAUCGAGGUUCAAGCAGAGAAGAUAUCACCAACGCGUCGUGGGACGCGCAAUGGGAGUUAGAUAUGGACCGAGAAGAAGAACGGUUGAUGCGUUCAGAGCACCGGAUUGCGGAAGAGCGUGAAGAGAGUGUAUCGGGUGGGGAAAAGGUUGGAGUGGGAGGAGUUGGAGGGAGGGAGAGGGAGAUUGGGGCGGCGAGGAGGAGGGGGUUGGAUGAGGUAAAGAGGAUGUAUAAGGGUGGGGGGAGGUAUGCUACGGUGGGCAAGAAGAAGGGGCGUGAGUUGCAGAGUAUGCUAAGGGGUCUGGGGGCUGAGGAGUGGAAUGGAGAUGGACCAGGUGGAGAAGCGCAAGAUGAAGAAGUGCGAGACGAAGAAGCGCAAGACGAAGAAGCGCAUGACGAAGAAGCGCAGAACGAAGAACCGCCAGACGAAGAGCCAUCCCAGCCUGCUGCCCAAGACGAAGAAAACGAAGACGAAGAACCACCCUAUCCCGGCAGCCAAGGAAACGAAGACUCCCUCUCCCUCCCCUCAAACCCCUACCCCGAAGACGACUUCCUCCUGCCCCUAACCCGGCAACCCGCGCGAACCACACCUCCCCCGCCCUUCCCCUCCCCUCCCAACCUAAUCAUACACCCAAACUCCUCACCGGGACUAUCGAUUCCAUCACCGGCACUAUCGAUACCAUCGAACCCCUACCCAGAAGACGCACCGCCCUCACCAACCUCCUUCUCCCAGCCCCCUCCACCACCACCACCACCUCGACCCACACAAUCCCCAUCCCCAUACUACCGCGCCGUAACACCGCCUACACCACACGCUCGCUUCCCGAUUUAUCCGAGUGAUAGAACGAUAAGUCCUAUUAGUCCGUUUAAUGCGAGUAGGCAUUUGAUUUCUGCGGAGGGGACGGCGUCGAGCCUGAGUUAUCGGAUUGAGCAACGACAAGAAAGGAACGAUGGAUACAACAAUGAUGAUGAUGGUGUAGAAGGGGGGUAUACGUAUGCGCCUAAUCAUCCCUAUCACGGUAUGGACGAAGAAGGGAUGAGGGAGUAUUGGCUUGGGCUUGAGGGGUAUCAUACGGGGAGUGAGCGCAAUUUGAGGAGGAGGGGUGAAGGGAGGGGCAGGAGACGGACGGUGUCUUCGCCUGUGCAGUAUGAUCCUGAGAGGGUGUUUGGGUCUGUGGGGGAGAGUUAUGAGGGUGGUGGAGGUGAGGGCGGAGAACGGGAGGAUGAGGUUCGGCGGCGGUAUCUGGACGCUUUGAGUGGUGAAGAGAGAAGGAUGGCAGAGGGAGAGGACGAGGAGGAGUUCGGUAUGAGGACUUCCGCUGGAGAAACCGACGCGAGGAGUAAGAACAUGAUGAACCGGCUCCUAAGCACCUUUACCUGUCGACCCGGAACCGUCACACCACUACACACCACCACCACCCCCAAUCCAACCAACACAAACGCACCCACCACCCCCGCCAUACCCACAGCCCCAAAGAAAUACAGCCUAGCCUACCUCUCCCACAAGAUAAACCGAACCCAAAAAAGAGAAGAAGAAGCAAAACUCCGAGAACGCCUCAUGGCCCUCCGACUUGCCGAACCAUCUGCGCCGCGUACCCAACACAUCGAAGACAUCAACAACAACAACAACAACAACAACAACAACAACAACCCCACAGAAGUCCCCGUACUGGUCCCCAAACCCAAAGCAAAGAGGAGAAAAGACAGCACGCAACCCAAUCCACCUUCUCUUGUCCCAAACCUAGAAAGCCGGACGCAGAGUGUUAUUGGUCCGCCAGUUGGGCUUUCGCAGAUGAUUCAGAGGGCGCCGGGGAGUGUUAGGGGUCUUCAGGUGGAGAGAGAGGGGAAGAGGUUCAGCGUGGGCCUAGGCAAGAGCACUCAGGUUCAAGUCUCAGCGACCGGUUACGGCAAACGCAACUUGAAGAUUUACCUCUGCAACAGGAUGCAGCAAAGGAGAUACGGGAUCUGA